AGAAGAACACAAAGUGAGGAACUUUCGUUGCUUUUUUCGAAAAAAAAAAAAGACAAGACUUUUUCUCACUACGCCGUCCAUCAUCAAAGGUUUCAUCUUGUUCCCUCUAAUCAUUCCGAUCUUCAGAUUUCUACUGGUCUCGAGCCAGAGAUGUGAGAGAGACCAUCACGUACCUCUCUUUUGAUCCAUUGAAUUGCUUGCUGCUAAUCUAAUUCCGGUUCUGUUAUACUAUAUACCACUAGUGUUAAACUCUAAUCUUGAUUCAAGCCUCUUUGUUGGAUUAAGAUCACAGAUUCACAGGUCCCUCAGAUCAAAUUUCCUCAAAAGUUGGUAUCUUUGGAUUUGAUUAUGGUGUCCAAGAUUGUUUCUUGAUUCAUUACUUGCUUUUGCAGAAAAGAGAUGGGUAUAUACCUUAGCUCCCCCAAAACGGAUAAGUUUUCAGAAGAUGGAGAGAAUGAUAAACUUAGAUAUGGUUUGUCCUCUAUGCAAGGCUGGCGUGCCACCAUGGAAGAUGCUCAUGCUGCAAUUCUUGAUCUGGAUGAUAACACUUCCUUCUUGGGUGUCUAUGAUGGCCAUGGAGGUAAAGUUGUUUCAAAGUUCUGCGCCAAGUAUCUACACCAGCAGGUUCUCAGUGAUGAGGCAUAUGCAGCUGGAGAUGUAGGGACUUCUCUUCAAAAGGCUUUUUUCAGAAUGGAUGAGAUGAUGCAAGGACAGAGAGGAUGGCGAGAACUGGCGAUACUAGGUGACAAGAUCAAUAAGUUCAGCGGAAUGAUUGAAGGGUUUAUAUGGUCACCAAGAAGCGGUGACAGCGCUAAUAGACCUGAUGCUUGGGCCUUUGAGGAAGGGCCUCAUUCUGAUUUUACUGGACCUAACUCUGGGAGCACAGCAUGUGUGGCUGUUAUCAGACACAAUCAGCUCUUUGUUGCAAAUGCUGGUGACUCACGUUGUGUGAUAUCCAGAAAGGGUCAGGCUUACAAUCUUUCUAGAGAUCACAAACCAGAUCUUGAAGCUGAGAGAGAAAGGAUAUUGAAAGCUGGUGGCUUUAUUCACGCUGGUCGUGUCAAUGGAAGCUUGAAUCUAGCAAGAGCUAUCGGUGACAUGGAAUUCAAGCAGAAUAAGUUUUUGCCAACUGAAAAGCAAAUCGUUACCGCCAGUCCUGAUGUAAACACUGUUGAACUCUGCGAUGACGAUGAUUUCCUUGUUCUUGCCUGUGAUGGAAUUUGGGACUGCAUGUCAAGCCAACAACUCGUUGAUUUUAUACAUGAACAGAUGAAUACGGAAACCAAACUCUCAGUGGUAUGUGAAAAAGUUCUAGAUAGAUGCUUGGCUCCAAACACAGCUGGUGGUGAAGGCUGUGAUAACAUGACCAUGAUCUUGGUUCAGUUCAAGAAGCCUGUUCAGUCCACAGAACCUAGCCAAGCUGAAGCAAGCUACAAUGAGCCUAGCUCAUCAAACUAGCCCCAUCCUCUGAGUCAAGGAAGAUGAUGACAUAUAGUAGUUUGGUUCACAUUGUAAAUUCUUUUGAAAGACAUUAAUAGCACAAUCUGACUUUCCUGAAGGUUAGACUUUUGUCCCACGAGUUCCAAUAAUACAGAAGGAAUGAUUGACUUGUUAUGAUGUUGGCCUUAAAAUAAAACAAUAUGACAUUUACACAACA